AUGCAAAAACUCGAGGCUGGUAUGGCAGAUCGCCGUCGUCCGAGGCUCGCCAUGCGGGCGGCCCUGACCAUCGCCCUUUACGCGGCCUCGACUGCAGCUUCAUACAUCCCCGCGCGAUCCAUGUUCCUCCUUGAGAGGCAAAACACGUGCGGCAUCUCGGGUCAUACACAAUGCGCAGGCUCCGGGGUCCCGAAGGGCUUCUGCUGCGGCGCCUCUGACCAGUGCAUGCUGCUCGCCGGCAAGACCACGGUCCUGUGCUGCCCUGCCGGCGACAGCUGCAACAAGAUUAAGCCCAUCUCGUGCGAUGUCAAGCUGCAGAACCCUGCAACUCACCCAGAGUCCGUCGUCAAGACCACCGUGUUCGACGUCGAGCUGGCCACCUGUGACAGCGGCUGCUGUCCCUUUGGCUACACGUGCUCCGACAAGAUAUGCGUCGCUGAUGUCGACAAGGACACGCCGCCAGGGCGGGCCAAAUCGUCGUCGUCCCCAACCCCGGCACCGACAACGUCGGGUAGAACGGGGGGCAUUACCCCCACCUCGCCGAACACUAGGCCGGCCACGACCACAAACCCGCCCUCGUCGAGCGCGACGGGCAGCAUCGGCGACACAUUCUCGACCACGGGCCCCGGCUCGCCGGCCACAGCCAUCCCAGGGGGCGCCGAGAACGUGGGUGGCCCGCCGCCACCGCCAGCCGACUCGGUGGCGACCCCGUCCAUCAUCGGCGGAGUCGUCGGUGCUCUCAUGUUCCUCAUAGCCCUGGCCGUUGGGAUCUUUUUCUGUUAUCGCCGGAAGAAGAAGAAUGCGAAGGCAGAGGCCGCCGCCGCCUCGCCGCGAGGCGACGGUGCAUCGUCCGUCAUGGCCUACGGGAACGCGAUUUCGCACCCGAUUCCCUCCGAGACGACGUCGGGCGCCAUGCGCACCGACUUCAACCGCAAGGGCUCCAUCUCGUCACACAGUUACGGUGGCGCGUCUGACCACGUCCCCUUCGCCCAGGCCGGCGCCACGGUGGGCCAGAACCAUCACCAGUACCCUCCAUCGCCGCCCGGCCGUAAUCUCACCGGCCGCACCACCGCCGCACCCCAGAUCCCUCCACUCCGGGGCAUGAGGACCAGCGACGGCGGCAAAGUCGGCAUGCGCCCCGGUGGCUAUGGCGGCAUGACGCCGCCCACGACACCGCCGCAGCGCCACAUCAGUACCGAGAGCAUCAACGUGUACGUGGAUGGCGGCCCGGCGCUGCUGGGUAAGGCGGCCGGUAGUGGUGGUCGGAGGUACUCGACCGAGACCACCUUCACCACUAUGAUGCGCCAGGCCGACCUUCCGGACCCUCGUUACGGGGCUACUUUUGUGCCUCCUGCGGCCUUUGUCACGCCGGAUCGUCGGCCCCAGAAGUAG